AUGAACGCUCCAGACAGAUUCGAGUUGUUCAUCUUGCCUGACGGUGUUGAGAAAAUCAAAAUCAUCCCAGACACAAAGGUGCCCAAUGCUGCCAUCAUCAAAAUCGAGAGAGAGGAUCACACGCUAGCUAAUUUGUUAAGAUCUCAGCUUGCUAAGGAUGACAGAGUUAUCUUUGCUGCUUACAAGGUGGAGCACCCACUUUUUGCCAAUUUUGUGUUGAGAAUCCAGACUGACGAUGACUACACACCAAGAGACGCUUUGAAGAACGCCUGCUCAAACCUCAUUUCCGAGUUGGAUGUUCUCAAAACCAAGUUCAAGGACGAAUGGGCCCUUAAGUCCUUGCUUAACAACGACGACUACUAA